AUGACACCUAAAAUAUGUAUUAUUGGUGGGACAGGACUUGAAAAUAUGGAUAUUAUGAAAAAUAAGACACUUCUUAAAUUUAAUACACCUUAUGGUGAACCAUCAUGUUUAUUUGUUCAGGGUGAAGUUAAUGGUGUAACAGUUGUCUUACUUUCAAGACAUGGAGAUAAACAUCAAUUUUCACCUUCUGAUAUUAAUUAUCGUGCUAAUAUUUGGGGAAUUAAAGAAUUAAAAUGUGAUAUUAUUGUUGCUUCAUGUGCCAGUGGAUCAUUAAGAGAAUUCAUUGCCCCUGGACAUAUGGUUGUUGUAGAUGAUUUUAUUGAUAAAACAACAAAACGUCAACAAACAUUUUAUGAUGGAAAAGAAAACCAUUCAGCUGGUGUAUGUCAUAUACCAAUGCAUCCACCAUUCAAUGAAAAAUUAAGAGAACUUUUAAUUGAUUGUUGUAAAGAAUUAAAUUUACCUUGCUAUGAUAAAGGAACAAUUGUUUGUAUUGAAGGACCAAGAUUUAGUUCAAGAGCAGAAAGUAAUAUGUAUCGUAUGUUGGGUGGUGAUAUUAUUAAUAUGACUGUUGUUCCUGAAGUUGUCUUAGCAAAAGAAUUAGGAAUUCCAUAUGCUGUAUUAGGAUUAGUAACUGAUUAUGAUUGUUGGAAAGAAAAUCAUGAACAUGUUUCUGUUGAAAUGGUAACUGAACAAAUGAAGACAAAUUCUGUUAAUAGUUUAAAAAUAUUUAUUAAAUUAUUAGAUAAACUUCGGGAUGUUGACUUUACUGAAGAAUGUGAAAAACUUCAAAUAACAGCUAGAAAUUCUGUAAUGUAA